CCUCCCGCCGCCCUCAGACGCAGUGCUCAGUCCCGCUCCGCCGCUGUCCUGCGCAUCCGCUUCCGCCGCCUCCUCACGCCCCCGCGUCCCUGGUGUCUCGCAGCCGGAGGCAGCGCGGACUUGCCGCAUCUUUCACGACAUAACAGAAAACAAUUUCAACAUGUCAUCAGUCAAGCGCUUGGUUUAUGCAGUCAUCCAUUUCUUGAGAGAACAGAGUCAGAUGGAUACUUUCACUCCAGAUGAACAAGAAAGCUUGGAAGUUGCAAUUCAGUGUCUGGAGACUGUGUUCAAGAUUACCCUGGAAGAUACUCAUCUUGCAUCCUCGCAGCAUUUGAUAGAAAUGUUCACAAAUUCUAUUCAAAAGAAUGACAUGCUGCCUCUCUCACGUUCUUUGCCAGAGGGCGUUGUAAAGGCUGACCAACUGAAGGAUGAAGGUAAUAAUCAUAUGAAGGAAGAAAAUUAUGGUGCUGCAGUGGAUUGUUACACUAGGGCUAUAGAACUGGAUCCAAACAAUGCAGUCUAUUACUGCAACAGGGCUGCUGCUCAAAGUAAGCUCAACAACUUCAGGGAAGCAAUAAAGGACUGUGAGAGUGCCAUAGCAAUAGAUCCAAAGUACAGCAAAGCAUAUGGAAGAAUGGGGUUGGCUCUGACCUCAGUGAAUAAAUAUGAAGAAGCAGUUACUAGUUACCAGAAAGCACUGGAUCUUGAUCCAGAAAAUGACUCUUACAAGUCAAAUUUGAAAAUAGCAGAACAGAAACUAAGAGACGUGUCCAGUCCUACUGGAACUGGACUGAGUUUUGACAUGGCAAGCUUGAUAAACAAUCCUGCCUUCAUUAGUAUGGCAGCAAGUUUAAUGCAAAAUCCUCAGAUUCAACAACUGAUGUCAGGGAUGAUGUCAAAUGCCAUUGGUGGCCCUGCUGCUGGGGUUGGUGGCCUUUCGGAUUUGUCCAGCCUGAUACACGCGGGGCAGCAGUUUGCACAGCAGAUACAGCAGCAGAAUCCUGAGCUCAUAGAGCAACUGAGAAAUCAUAUCCGGAGCCGAUAUCUGAGUGGCAGCACUGAAGAACAUUCCUGACUUCAGCAAGUCAUAUGAAUUGGAAUGAUGUAUAACCCCAAAAUGCAUACCAUAGUUAGUAGCAAAAGCACCAUUGUAACUCUUCUGCUUGAAUAGAAGACAGAAAAUUCUUUGUGUGUGUUUGCAAACAAGAAUAAAUCUGGUAAACAGAUCUCUUGCACAUAACUUGGAACAUAGCGUUUAUGUACAGUUACUCCUCUGAAAAUCAAUACACUGAAUAGGUGGUUUGUCAAAAUCCCCAAGUCAUUUCAGUAUGUGCAUCAGAUUGACCUUCAGGGCUACUGAGUGGGAAGGAGUUCUGUAGUGUGCUGAUCUUGCCUAAAAGCUACUUCUAAAGUGAUAAUGUAAAAGACAUGUUACUCAUAUGGUGAGACAUGACAACUGGUACUCUUCUAAACAGUAUUGAAAUAUUGAAACAAUAGGCCCAUCUGAUGUGCCCUUUUAUAAUGAACAUUAAGUAGUGUUGGUAUAGAGAGUACUUAAAACUCAUGCUUGAGAAGUCCAUUUUCUUAAUCCUGUGGAGGGGCUUUCAUGAGUAACAGGAAAUACUUUUCAACUUUUCAUUGGGCAGAAGAGAGGAAGAUGACUGCAUUGUAGAGAAAGAGAAGACAAUAAUUCUCUGUAGGAUAAUGCACAGAAAUCAAAAUGGAACUUGGCUUGGGAAAGGAAAGAAAAGUAGUAGCAUUUUCUACUGCCAUGUAUACCCUCACAUCAUGAUGGUAGCCCUGGAGGUCACAAUUAUGGCACUAUGUUCCUAGGCAUGGCAAGCUGUAUUACAUUCCAUAUGUAUGCAGUAUUUAAUAUAAACUUAAAAUUCUUAACUGUAAUAAGCUAAAACUGAGCCUGUGACUGUACAAAUAACUAGUACUGAAAAUUUUAAAAAGAACUGCCUUAGAAGGAUUCUUUUUCUAUUCUUGUGUGAUAAAUCACUGGCUUAAACAAUUGGGGAUUUUUUUUAAUUACACAUAUCUAUCUAAAAUAAUGGUUAUAUAGUCAAGUUAAAGAUUUUUCAACUCUAUAGUAUUUGUUUCUUGCUCAGUUAGUAUUACUCUUGCAAGACUGCUGCUCUCCUGUAUGUCUAGUAUGUUAAAAUUUUUUAACUCUGUUUACUGUGUACACUGCUUUGUGAUACAAAGUACACUUGUUCUUAGCCCAGGGACCUUCUCAACACACUUUCCUCUUCCUAUAUCUAAACUAAUUUGAGGAGCCUGCUUUGAAUUUUUAGGCAAAGUGAUCUCUCAUAGCCAUUUAGUCUGAAGGAGUAACAAUAGACUCCCAAAUGGAGAAAUACACAGAAAGUCCUCAACCUUAGUUUUUAUAUCCAAUUGAUCUUAUGGUCAUAAAGACCUCAUAAGAGCUCCUCCAGAAGAAGCAAAUGCAAAAUUUGGGGCUAAGUAAUAAACUUGAUUCUAACAAAUUAUCAUUGUACAUCUACGGUCUGAAUCUUACCCUACUAAACCAGAGAGAAAAAUGCUGAUCCAAGGAGAAAUGAAAGGAACUGGAGAAAAAACAAAUCUCGGAAGUCCAUAUUACCAUCUAUUGAAUAAAGAGGUAAAGCUUAAUACAUAAAAAAUUGUAAGACAUUUCAUACUUUAUUGAAUAGCUUGCCUGUGUACAGCAUUAAAAUGCAUUAAAUAUAUUUUCAAGUAACAGCUUCUGACUCAACAUCUGAUGACAAGAAAGAGAAUCCCUAAAGGGAUCUUUUGUCAGAGGUAGCUCAGAUCCUGAAUAUUAUUCUUUCAAGGAAACAUACUUAAGUUCAAUUACACUGCGUAGGACAGGAAUACCGUUUAGAAGGAAGCUUUAUGAAGGCUCUGGGUGGGCUCAAAAAGUGUACUUGGAAUAGUGUGUUGUGUCAGGAGAGAAGCAUUGUACCUUGUAUGUUAAACUUUCUAGUUCCUUUUAAUUCUCUUUCAUAUCUUCAACUGCCCAAAGUGUGUUUCUCUAACUUUGAUAGGGGGAACCAAAAACUCCAUGGUGGAGUGGGCAGCUCUGCCAUAUCUCUGUAGAAACUCAAAUUAUUUUCACUUUGCAAGAGCAAUCCUCAUGCAGUUACUUUUCUGCUUUGAGACAGUGUCAGGAAGCUCAUGAGACUUCCUUAAGAACUACAAAGUAUGUUAAGAUCCAAAGAGGGCAGAAGAAGUUGCGUACUUGUACUGUUAAGUACAAGCUCCAUAGCUUACUGGAUUUAUGGGAGAACAAUCCCCAAGGUUAAAUGGAAUUAAGCAUUAGUUAGUUACCUGAAAACUACUCUUGAAGUUUUCUUCAUGGAGCUCUAACUUUCGCUUCGAAUGCUACAAUAUUGUUUUGUUUAGGUUUUACUUCAGAUAAUACAGAGUAUGUAUUAAAACGUUAACAUCAUUGGGUAAGCCUUCAGGAAUGUGCUACAACUGACAAUACUCUACUAGUAAACAUUCUCUGUUUCUUAUGUAUUAACAGAAAGGGCUUUAUAGCCUAAACAAAAAACAGUGAAACCAGUAGCUGUCAUUACAUGCUUUUCCACUGCAACCAUAAACAGAGAGGUCAUUUAUGCUAAAGUCUGCUUUUCUUUGAAUUGCCUAGAUUGUUUCAGUCAUGCAACAUGUCUUAAUCACAGGGUGUGGAAGGAAUCUUUUCCCGUGUAGUAACUGCACUGUAUCUUGCACUAAAAUUUUUCAUUCUGCUAGAUAAAGUGGUAAACCACGAACCCUGUAAAUAUUGCUUUAAUUUAAGAUCAAUUGCAGUUUAUCAUUCAACUGAGCAAAUCCGCAUUUACACCUAAUUGGUUUUGUAUCAUAACUGUUCCAUCAGUGUAUAAGUAUGAUAAUUUGUUAGAGAAGAAAGUAUUUUGCAAUCGAUUGUGAACUCCUGUAACCUGCUUGCAUGGGAGUAUAUUCUUCUAACUAUCAUCAUAAAGACACUUAAUGAAAUAUUCAGCUUAUAAAUUGUUUCAGUUGCACUCUUGAUUUUGUAACAAGUGCAAAGUAAAAUCACUCAUGCAUACUGAGAUAGAACUAGCUCUGUAACUGUGAGUAGAUUGUUUUAUGGCAACAGAAAGUCAUACUAGUAUAAUGCAACUUGUCUACUCUUUCUGUAUCUCUCCUACCUCUUACUGCCAUGUGGUUACAUCUCCUUCAAUUUGUGUAGUUUAACUCAAAGAUAUAUUAUAAAUAAAAUAAUAUACUUUUUUUGUCCGUCAA